AGAAAAGUCAAAUGGAUGAUCAGGUCAUCUCCCCGCCCCCUCACAUCAUCGUCUUCCCUUCGCCACUUCAACGGCCAAUAAACCCCAUUUUUGAUCUAGCAGAACUCCUCUGUCUCUCCGGUCUUGAUGUCACAUUUCUCCUAAUCCCCUACACCCACAGCCUCCUCCUCCGCCACAUCAACAUCGAGUCCCGGUUAAAUCCAUAUCCAAAUUUCCACCUACACACCAUCUCUGACGGACUACCACCAGAUCACUUGGAAUCUAAUACGACGGAUCUGUUACUCUCUCUUGAAACCCUGACGAAGCCGCUUUUCAGAGAUCUUUUGACUUCCGGAAAGUUGAUUUUCGACGAGCGUGGGCCUGUGAGCUGUAUUAUUUCAGAUGGAAUCAUGAGUUUUGUGUAUGACGUUGCUAAUGAGAUUCGAGUUCCUGUUAUUUCUGCGUUGACCUUAAACCCUAGUUGCUUAUUGCAUCUUUCCAAUCUCCCCAACCUCACCAGAGCAGCUGAAGUUUCUGAUCCAAUAAUCGUAGAAAAUCAUGCGGAUUCGAUCAUAAAACAUGACUUGUUUCAUCCUUUCCCGAAGCAUCUAAUAAACCAAAUUCAACAACUUCCUCAAUCCCAUGGGCUCAUACUCAACACAUUCAAGGCGUUAGAUGCAUCCAUACUCUCUCAAAUUCGUUCCAUUUGUCCAAACCUGUACGCCAUCGGCCCGAUUUACAAGCACCUAGGGUUCAGGCAAGAGGCCAAAAGAAUGACACCAUUGUUGAAUUACUCCGUUGUACAAAACAACGAUUGCCUCCUGUGGUUGAACUCUCAACAGCCCAAAUCCGUUCUCUACGUCAACAUUGAUAAUCACUCACAACUCACACGGGUACAAACCUUCGAGCUUUGGCAUGGUUUGGUGAAUAGUGAAAAGGGGUUCUUAUGGGUACGACGGCCGGACUCCAUAGCUGUAGAAGGUCGAAUUCCGGCGAAGCUCAUCAAGGGCACGAAGGAGAAGGGUUUCAUUGUUGAUUCGGCUUCAAAUAACCAGGUCUUGGCUCAUAAAGCAAUCGGUGGGUUCUUGACCGAUGGCGAUUGGGACUCGACUCUUCAAGGCAUAGUUGAGGGCGUGCCGAUGAUCUAUUGGCCGGCUUCUUGGGACCAACGAGUAAAUAGCAAGUUCAUGAGUAAAACAUGGAAGGUGGGGAUGCAUAUGGAAGAAAGAUGCGAUAAAAAUAUAAUCGAGAAAAACAAUACGAGAUGUUAUGGGAUCCAAGGGUCAUGAGUUGAUCGAAAAUGUACAUAAAAUGAAAAAACUGACUAGAAAAAGUGUAAGCAUAGGGG